AUGGGUCAAAAGCAACCAAAAUUAAAACAAGAUGCAGUUGAAGAACUACUAAACCAAACAUCUUUUACGGAAACUGAAAUUCAAGACUGGUAUAAGGGGUUUUUGAAGGAAUGCCCAACUGGUUAUUUAUCUAUUGAUGAUUUUAAACGUGUUUAUACAAAGUUUUUCCCAUAUGGUGAAUCUAGUCGGUUCGCAGAGUAUGUAUUUCGUACAUUUGAUCAAAAUCAUGAUGGUUUGAUUGACUUUCGAGAUUUUCUAUCCUCAUUAAAUAUAACAAAUCGUGGUGAUUUAUCACAGAAAUUACGUUGGGCAUUCACGAUGUAUGAUUUAGACAAUGAUGGUUAUAUAUCAAAACAAGAUUUAAUUGAGGUUCUUACUGCUAUUUAUGCAAUGGUUGGCUCUGCUGUUGAAUUCAAUGUUACAGAUUCUACACCGGAAAAACGAGCAGAGAAAAUAUUUCAGUUGAUGGACUUAGAUAGAGAUAAUCGUUUGUCAUUAGAUGAAUUUAUAAAUGGUGUAAAAUGUGAUAAAUUAUUAAUGCGUUUGUUGACUUUCAAUACUCAUCCGUUGCAUCAUCAACAUUCAGAUUGUCUAAUGAAUGGAUCAAAUGAUAACAAAGGAUGGUCAUGUACAGAUACCCAUUAUAAUCAUCAAUCUAAUGAUUAUGAUAAUACAGCCAAACCAAUUGUAAAUCAAUCAUUUCCCAAACCGAAUGUUAUUCCUGAUACCUCAGAGUCUUAA